AUUAGCUAUCCUUUUAAGAUUAAAGAUAUUCAUUUAUACACUUAUAGUGUAUAUAUAUGUAUAAUAUACGUGUGUACAUGAGCAUAGGCACGCACAUCUAUGUUUGUGUGCAUGCUUAUGUGUAGAUAUCUCUCUCCCUAUCUAGUCAGUCAUCUGACUAUUAUUCAGCGUAGUGGGCAUUUAGUAAACAUUAAUGAACACUGUGCCUGCUUUUUGCCUGGCACAGUGCUAAAUGCUGGGGAUUCAACUACAAAUAAAGAUAAGGACAGGCCCUGCCCUCAAGGGGCAGGCAGUCUAAUGAGGCCUAGACAGAGUGAUGCCAAAAAGGGGAGGGGAAGGGGCAUGUUGGAAAGGGCCAGAGAAGUCCCCAGACCAUACAGCUGGGGCUUAAUUGGGAGAAGCUGUGUUUUGAGGCCCUGGAGCUCAUGGCCCUGCCGGGCGAUCAGAGGGGAACCUAAGACUGAGGAGAUGGGAGGAGCAGGCGGGCAGGCUUGCAGCAUAAUGAGAUUUCCCAGUGGUGAGUUUCCUGGGUGUGGUGGAGAGGUCCAUGAUUCUGCUCUCUGCACCUCCCCGUCCCUCUCCCCCUCCCCUCCCCUCUACUCUCCCCAUCCUAGGGAAAGCCCUGUGCGAACCUUCCAGGGCUGUGUAGAUGCUGGCUCUUCCCAGGACCAGCUCUGGGGUUUCCCUGGGUCAGGGAGCUCACAAUUCUGCUUUCCCUUCUGCUGACCAGCCCCUGUUCUUCCUCCCAGUUUAUAUUUUUGGUUGAGAUAUUUUGCUUUGAUUUUGUCAAUGUAAGGAGCUCCUGGCUGAGAAAUUCCUCUCAUUGAUGUGACUGGAAAACUUGUCUGAAAUGGACAGUCUAGGGUAUAGCUUGAGGCAUUGAAAGUGACUCGGCCAGGGCCUCUCAGCCCUUGGGUGUCAGAGGGGGGACUUCCUGACUUCAGGGCCAGCCCUCGCUCCGCUAUACUGGGCUGUCGUUCUGGAUAAAAAUGAUACCAAUGUAUACUUUUUCAGCCUCUCCCUCGAAAGCUGGUCAGUUCUCUGGGCUGGUGGUUGUCCCAUCAGGGUCUUCUCUGUAUCUUACAGCUUGUGAAUUUUGUCAGUUAGCAUUGUCAAGAGCAAGGAGUCUUAACCUGGGUCCUUGAUCUUGGUUAAAAAUAUAUUUUGAUAUGAUCGGUUCCCUAUAUAAUCCUCUGCAUUUUUGUUUUAUACAUCUAAACUCAUUCCUGAGAAAGGGCCCAGGUUCUUCAUCACAUCGCCCAGGGGGUCCAGGACAUCACAGAAGGUCGAGACUUGAUUUGUAUCCAGUCCAUGGAUGGGAUGCUCAUGUUAUUUGAACAGGAAAGUUACGCAUUUGGGCGGUUUCUCCCUGGUUUCCUUCUGCCUGGCCCUCUCACUUACAGCUCCCGGACAGAUUCCUUCAUUACUGUCUCUUCCUGCCGCCAGGUUGAGAGUUACAAGUACCAAGUGCUUGCCUUUGCAACAGAUGCAGAUAAAAGAGAAGAUACAGAGCAGCAAAAGCUUGGCGCUGGCAAAAGGCUGGUGGUGGAUUGGACUUUAAACAUUGGCGAGCAAGCGCUGGACAUCUGCGUUGUCUCCUUCAGCCAGUCGGCCUCCUCUGUUCUUGUGCUUGGUGAGAGAAACUUCUUUUGCCUUAAGGACAAUGGGCAGAUUCGAUUUAUGAAGAAACUGGGCUUCAGCCCUAGUUGUUUCCUCCCAUAUUGUGCAGUGUCGGAAGGAGCAGUCAGCACGCUGAUUGGAAACCACAGUAACAUGCUGCACAUUUACCAGGACGUGACGCUGAAGUGGGCCACGCAGCUUCCUCACGUGCCCGUUGCGGUGAAGGUGGGCUGCUUGCAAGGUCUGAAGGGCGUGAUCGUCACUCUGAGCGAUAACGGCCAUCUGCAGUGCUCCUACUUGGGUACGGACCCGUCUCUUUUCCAAGCCCCCAAAGUGGACUCUAGAGAAAUAAACUAUGAAGAGCUCGAUGUUGAAAUGAAAGAGCUACAGAAAAUCAUCAGAGAUGUCAACACAUCACCAGGUCCUCUAGCUGAGAAAGAAGGUUUUCUGUCGAUUUUUGCCUCCGUCUCCUCCACCCUGGAUAGUGUGUCUCAAGCCGCCAGCCAUGCAGUGGGAGCUGAAGCCGUGCCCUCGGUCACAGUGCAGGUCAUGAUGCAGAGCCGGCUAGCGUUGCAGAAAACCAAGCUGUCCAUUUAUGUGGAGUCACCGUUAGCAGCCACCUGUGAUCGCUUCAUCUUUGACUCCUUAGAGCCAGAGAUUCUGAAAACCAUCAGCUUGUCUGUGUUUCUGAAAGGAAAUUACCUGCCUUCAGAACUGGAAGGCACUGCCAUGGCCUCAUAUAGCAUGCCCACAGACCUCAAUCCAGAUGGUAUCCUUCGAAUUGUCCAGUGUAAAUUCAGACUUCCCCUGAAAUUAAUAUGCUUGCCCCAUCAGCCUUCCAAAACAGCGAGUCACAAACUCACGAUUGAUACAAACAAGCCUCCUAUCAGCCUUCUCAGCCUCUUCCCAGGCUUUGCUAAUCAGUCUGAUGAUGAUCAGGCAAACGUGCUUGGAUUUCGCUUCAUAACUGGCUCCCAAGUCACCGUCCUUGCAUCCAAGACCUCCCAACGGUAUCGGAUCCAGAGCGAGCGGUUUGAGGACCUUUGGCUCAUCACCAAGGAGCUCACUCUUCGUCUGCAGGAGCAUUUCGAAAAGCAGGGAACCAAGGAUUUCACUUGUUCUUUCUCGGGGUGCAUUCCUCUGCAAGAAUACUUUGACGUAAUUGACCAGCACUUUGAGCUCCGAUUGAAUGGAGAAAAAGUUGAAGAGCUAUUAUCUGAAAGAGCCAUCCAGUUCCGGGCCAUCGAACGACGUCUGCUGACCAGAUUCAAAGAUAAGACGCCCGCCCCUCUUCAGCAUCUGGACACCUUGCUAGAUGGCACAUACAAACAGGUAAUCGCCUUGGCAGAUGCCGCGGAGGAGAACCAUAGCAACCUGCUGCAGUCCUUCACCAGGCUGAAGAGCGCCACCCACCUGGUGAUCAUGCUGAUUGGUCUGUGGCAGAAGCUCAGCUCUGACCAGACUGCCAUUUUGGAGGCCGCGUUUUUGCCGCUGCAGCGGGACUCUCAAGAGUUGGGCUGGGAGGAAACGGUGGAUGCUGCAGUGGCCCACCUGUUGAAGACUUGCCUCUCCAAAAGCUCCAAGGAACAGGCCCUGAACCUCAGCAGCCAGCUCACCAUCCCCAAGGACACAAGCCGUCUGAAGAAGCACAUCACCCUUCUCUGUGACCGCCUCGCCAAAGGGGGCCGCCUCUGCCUGAGCACCGACGCCGCGGCUCAGCAGACCAUCGUCAUGCCAGGUCACACAAGGUGGUCGCUGAGGUCCCCGCUUCCUCCAGAAUCCUGCUUCACGUCUGCCAGAUGUAGGAGAUGGUGGCAAACUGAUCCAGUCAGGUCACAGAGGAAAUUCAAAAGUUCUCUCAAGGGCACAUGCUGGACAAAGUUGUGGAGUUUGGACAAAAUCUCAUGAUGGGAAGAGGCUGCC